ACCGCGAAGCUUUAUGAUAUCGGAAUAUGCGGAACUCUUCUGUGUAGCCUUCCUCAAAACACCCGUUGAAGCAGCAGACGUCCGAAACCUGUUGGUGUAAUAUAUAUGCUAGGACAUAAAUUAAGUGCAGUCAUUGAGGCAAAGCCUGCUGUCGAAGUGUCCUAAACUAAAGUUCUGAGAUUGGUAGAAUUGAUAGAAUUUGAUGCGUCACGCGCAGAUUCCAAGGAGAUAAGCGUUUAACUGUGAAAACCUGAAGAGCAGCCUGAAAAUGGAGAGAUGCUGUGGUCUCGUUACGGAUAAGAAAGAAAAAGUUCCCCUGAAGAGUGUGGAAGUGGAUGUGCAGGUGCAGGGCCAUGUGGCCACGGUGUCCUCCACUCUGCUGUAUGUGAAUGAAGAGCAGCGCCCCCUGGAGGCUGUGUUUGUGUUCCCGCUGCCCGCAGAAUGUGCCCUCUGCCACUUCAGCGCCAAACUAGGAGACGUGGAGGUGGUGGCAAAGCUGCAGGAUAAACAGAAGGCACGCGAGAAGUAUGAUGAUGCACUGAGCUCAGGCAAGCAGGCUUUCCUGCUGCAGGAGAGCGAGCAGAGCCCAGACAUCUUCCAGCUGAAUGUGGGCAGCCUGCCUCCAGAACAGAGUGCCGCCAUCACGCUGGUCUACAUCUCCGAGCUGGCCAUGCAAGCUGACGAUGCCCUGCGCUUCUGUCUGCCUGCUGUGCUCAACCCCCGCUACACACCACGGGACGUGGACCAGAGUCAAAUGGCCACUAUAACAUCAGUGCCGGCUGAUGCAGUUCCGUACACGUUAGCUGUGAGGGCUCACCUGUCCUCCCCCCAGCCCAUCUCUAAAGUGGAGUCCAACUGCUCUCUGGAGCCCCUAGAGUACCUCAACUCAGAUAAAACAGGGGCCAAGGUGAGUUUGUCUUCAGGGCACAUGUUUGAUCGGGACGUGGAGCUGCUCUUCUAUUACCAAGACGCUCACAAGCCUACUGCCAUCGUGGAGGCUGGACAGGAGAGCGCAGAAACAGGCUCUCUGAUGAAGGACCCCAUUGUUAUGCUCAGCUGCUACCCAGAAUUCCCAGCUUCAGUGACGUCCUCACUUGCUUCUUGUGGGGAGUUUAUUUUCGUGGUGGACCGCUCGGGCAGUAUGGACUGCAAGAUGCACUCUGGAAAAGAUGCCAAGAUGCGCAUAGACAGUGCUAAGGACACCCUUCUCUUGCUCCUCAAGAGCCUUCCUAUGGGCUGCUACUUCAACAUCUAUGGCUUUGGCUCCCGUUUCGAACAUUUUUUCCCGAAGAGUGUUGAGUACAACCAGAAGACCAUGGACGAAGCUCUUGCCAAAGUGAAUGGCAUGAGGGCAGAUAUGGGGGGCACUGAGAUCCUGCAACCACUGAAGCACAUCUACAGCCAGCCCUGUGUUCCCAAUCACCCCAGACAGAUCUUCAUGUUCACUGACGGAGAGGUGGGAAACACAAAGGCCGUUUUGGACCUGGUAAAACUUAAUGUACAUUCUCACCGAUGCUUCUCUUUUGGUAUCGGUGAGGGUGCCAGCACUGCUUUAAUCACUGGCUUGGCCAAGGAGGGUUUUGGGCAUGCUCAGUUCAUCACAGGAACAGACCGCAUGCAACCCAAGGUGAUGCAGUCUCUCCGCUAUGCACUGCAGCCAGCAGUGAAGGACAUCUCAGUGGAAUGGACCCUUCCAGAUGCCGUGUCAGUCACCACUUUGUCUCCUCCACUCAAAGUGCUCUUCCAUGGUCAAAGGGCACUUCUGUAUGCUCAACUCAAAGGAGAGAGCCCUGGAAAUCCUGAGGGAUCUGUGACGAUACAGUACAGCCUGCUGGAUCAGACAGUGAAGAACCAACUCAACUUCAGUCUAAAACCUGCAGGUGGCACAGGAGUGACUGUGCACCGGCUGGCUGCUCGGACCCUAAUGAGGUCCAUGGAGAUGGAGGAGAGGGCUCGUGGGCCAGAGGCGAAGGCUGUUCGAGAGAAGCUCCUGGAGCUGAGCCUGCAGUCAGGAGUCAGCUGUGCACACACGGCCUUCAUCGCCACCCACAAGGCCAGCGGAGAGACAGUGCAGGGGCCUCUGCUCCACAGACCUGUGCCAACACCAGGAAUGUUUUUUAGGGGCAAGAGACCCAUGGCCAUGUGCCGCUCAGCCCCAAUGCGUCGAAUGGUUGGAAAAAAAUUAAAAUCUGCACCUCGAAAAAUGGUUGCAAAUUGUGCAGCUCCAAUGGCACGUAUGUUUGGUGGUGGUGGUAUGGGACGUAGGGCUAAAGCGGGCGGAAAACCAUUCGAAUCUGCCAGUUGUGUGCCUCCAAUGGCUGAGAUGGAUGGCUGCAUGGAGUUACAGACGAGCCUGCCAGAUGAGGAUUUCGAUAUGGAACUAGGGUCAACCCAGAUCACAGAUCCCCUUCUUCAGCUGAUCUCCCUCCAGAAGGCGAUUGGCUCAUGGCACAUGGACAGCUCAUUGGCUAAAGUACUGGGAACGACAGAGGACAAGUUGGCCAAGGGGGAACCGAAAGGGGUGGACAAGGCCGUGUGGGCUACAGUUCUGGCUCUCAUAUGGCUCCAUGGCUUCCAGCUGAAGGCACGUGAUGAAUGGCAGUUUGUGGCCAUGAAAGCAGCAUCAUGGAUUCAAGCCCAGAAAGUAGGCAAUAUCUCUCAGUGUGUGGAGGCUGGAAAUGCUCUGCUGGGAUGUACGGUGGAUCAGAAGACUCUUGGCCUCUAAGGACCUCCCAGCCUGUCUGCAUGUGUCUCCCUGUGUGCUGAUUACUGCCAUUUUUUUACCUGCUACUGCAAAUUGCUACUUUACUGUUUGUUUAUAAAGGUCCCUGGGGUGCGUUUCUCGACAAUAUAAUUGCGAACAAACAAAGUUAGCAACUUACUUGGU